UAACUUUAUCUAUAAUAAUUAUAUUAUUGGAUAUAAGAUAAAAUAGUAAUUUUACUUAUUAUUAAGUCUUUUAUAACGGAUUUUUGCAGGAUUGUUAUAAUAUAGCAUUAUUGAAAACUACACCAUAUUUUAGAUAUAUAAAAAUAUUUACAAUAUAUAAAUAUAUUAUAAUUGAUGUACAGUAGCUCACUAUUUCUUAAAUUUUCAACAAUGUCCUUACAUAAUCCGGUAUGGUCUAGUGGCUAGGAUACCUGGCUCUCACCCAGGAGGCUCGGGUUCGAUUCCCGGUACCGGAAUCUAAUUUUUUUUUUUACGUGAAAAAAUUAUUUUAUUUUUAUUUAAAUGUUAUAAUGUUACAAUUACCAAACGUAAAAGUUAUCAAGUCUGUAUAAUUAUACAUAAAUGUCUGUAGCAAUUAUUUCCCGUUUUUACCGGCUGUAAAUCAAAAACGUCGUUGAUAUAAAUUCAACACGAUUGACGAUACUGCUAUAGAUGCAAUGCGUGUGUGUGAAAAUCGUCCUAUAGUAAAGCACACAUCAUUAAAUUUGCAAAAAAAGCGAGUUGCUUAUUUCUUUAAGUGGAAAACGAUACAUCGUUUCAGACGCUCGUCAAUCGCAACUUGGUAAAUUAUUUCCGUACAUUUGCCUCUUUCCGUAGUAAAACAAUCUGUCAAGCGUGUAUGAAAUGAAACGAAUCGUGGGGAGAUUGCGGGUAAGUGCAUUACAGUGCAAUUACCGGCACUUUAGUAAAUUAUCGACAGAGAGGAAUAAGCGAGGGAAACGACGCACGUGUCGCGACGAGGGCGCGGGAGAGUCUAUAAUUCGAAGGAACGACAAUAAAAUCGCGUGCCUGGUUUAUCACGGGUGAUUUUUCGCUGGGAGGCGAAAGUAUUAAUUCAGACAACCCUCGAUGCAACGCUGAACCUAUACGCCGUUUGAGGAGUUGCACCCACGCGACAUAGGUGACCUCUCAUGCCCUAGCACGUGUCCUUUAUCGCUGUCGUAGUCACGAAGCCGAAGUUGCGUAGGAAUGUCACAAAGGACGACCAGCAGCCGUUUGGAGCAGUUUCGAAAAUUGAGUGCUCUGCACAUCACUUAUCUCAAGUACAUUGGCUUAUGGGCUCUUGAUUCCGAUUCGUCCGCGCUGUCGAAAUGUUUAUACUUUGCGUAUAACAAAUUUAUUCUGAUAAUUAUGCUCGUCUUCAUGGUGACUUUGCUGGCUGAUAUUUGUUCGAGCUUCGACGAUUUGUCGAUCGUUACGGACGACGGAUGCAUCUUCGCCGGGAUCGUCGUCGUGUUUUUCAAAGUGAUGAUCUUCCAAACACGCCGUGAGCAGAUCGUGCGAUUGCUCUGCGAAACUAUCGACGGCUGCGAUCAACUCUGCAAAUUUUCCGUUGGCGGCGAGGACAAAAUUCUGGGCAAGUAUCUGCUGCUAUGUCGCGUAACCUUUUACGGAUUCAGCACGCUGGGCUUUUUUCUUGUAAUCGCCCUGCUGUUUCUCGUACCUGUGGAGGAUGGCGGACUUCCGGUCAGGGCACUGUAUCCAUUCGACACGACCAAGUACCCGUGGCACAUGAUCGGUUUCUUCGUCGAGGCCUGCACUGUUUCCGUCGGCAUGACGGCCAUCAUUGGGAUGGAUAGUCUGCAUACCAAUCUUUGCAAUCUGUUUCUCGUGCAACUCGGGAUCUUGAGCGAGCAUUUCGAAAGCUGCGGCAGCAACGGUAUAGACAAGCGGGACGAUUUAGAUGCUCGUUACGAGAUAUCAUCUUCUACGGUCGGGAAAAGAAAUAAUCGCGAAAGAGAUAAUUACGAUCCGGACGGGAUUCGUCACGGCGGCGACGGCUUCGUCAAGCGGUUCAGGAGAUCUAUCCGCAAUCAUCAACGUCUGCUCGCUAUAAUGGACGACUUCAACGAGGUCUUCAGCGCCGGCAUGUUCGUUCAGAUGCUCUCGAGCACCUUGAUGAUUUGCCUAACCGGCUUCCAAGCCGCUUUGGUAAGUCGUGAUAAGUCAAAGUGCUGUCACGGUCGGAUCGUGAUCAGAGCCUCGCUUUGUUUCGACCAGAUCGUGGGCCAGAGCUCCGACACCUGUAAGUUUGCGAUAUACCUGGCGGCGGCCGUCUCGCAGCUCUUCUACAUCUGUUGGGUAGGGAACGAAGUGAUGUACCAGAGCGCGUCGCUGACGCAAAGUCAGUGGCUCUCGGGAUGGAGUGAUGAACUUUCCGUCAAGACUGGACGUCUGAUAAAUCUAUCCAUGAUAUUUUCAAAAAGAACGUUAAAUCUGAAAGCAGGUGUUUUCUACGUCUUAUCUAUGGAAACAUUCAUCGCGAUCCUGCGGGGCUCGUAUUCGUUCUUCGCUCUACUGAGCACCAUGCAGUCGGAAGGCGAUCAGUGAAUCCGACAACUUCUCAGCUCUAGUUAUCGCGUAGCGCAACUUCUGAAGUCGAGCAUUGGCGAAGUGUAUUGAAGCAACACGGUUAAAAACCGGUUGCAACACAUGCAACAUCGCCGAUCCGGAACAAAGUGAGUUUACCAUUAUUGUUACUGUUACUGAGGCUUGUACAAAGCAUAUUAAAUAUUUUAUUUGAACUUCGUCAAAUGAAGUUGUUGAAAUAUAAGAGAAAAUUGAUAUUGACGAGGAUGUAACUGCAAGCCGUAAAUAUUUAAAAUUAGAAAUUUUAAAAAUAAUUAUAAAAAUCGUUAUGUAGUCUUACGAUUAUGUAAUAAUGUGGAAAAUUAUUUUAAUUGAUAUAUUUUCGAUUCUAAAUAUUUAUUUAGUUUAUUAAUAUCAGUAUCGACACUCUGACAGAAUGAUGCUCCUUCAACUAGUAUAAUAAAAAAAAAUAUAGUACAUAUUAUAUAAGAGAAGAAACAUAAUUAAAUUUUUCAUAACUUAUUAUUAUUCUUAAUUUAGAGCAAUUUAGUUAGAGCAUAUCGAUGAAUAUUGGUUAAACAGAAUUCGCGAAACAUAUCUUGAUCUGCCGACUGUUCAUGUCAAUGUUAGAAUCACCGUAAGACCAUGUUCGUGGAACAGGUUGGCGUCAGUUUUUAUGAUUAUGGAUCCGCCAAAAACAGGAUCCUAUUCUCGAGCCGCGCAAUCAGGCUGCAACAGCGACUACCUGACCGACUAAUUACAAUUGUAGUUGUCGGAUCUGACUGUUAGCUGCCACAUCUCGCUGUGAAAUAUCACAUUGAUAGCGAUCAAGAUCCGUAUAACUUGGUCGGUGCAGGGCGAUUGUCGAGAAUAUCUUGUGCACGUGUCAUAGGUGAACGCACAGGAAAUGAUCGCUUUCAUUUUUUUUAUAAUUUUCUCGCAGGAUCACACGUAUUAUUGAGAUUUUCGAACGAUUUGAAGUACUUAUCUAUUAUUAACUUUAGACAAUCUAUAAUUCGCGACGAAAUCUAAGAUAAAAUUCUAUUUAUAAUUUUAUGUGUCACAUAUCUGAAUGUAUAUAUAUAUGUAUUCUGAUAUGUAUUUUGUGUAUAUCUAUGUAAUUUAGUUUUCCAAAUAUUUUUUGUAUUACAGGAUACAUGUAAAAUUAUAGAUUUCUGUUCUGAAUUUUGUUACGAAUUAUAGAUAUCUAUAAAGUGGGCCUUAAAAAAAGGAAAAUGAUUUGUAUCAACUGGCGCUCUUUUUUGUUUAGACAGAUAUAAAAUUCAUGGAAUAAAUCGUAUAUUGAAACAACGAUAUAUUAUAUAUAUAUGUUAAUUGCAUUAUAUAUAAUAUAAUUGUUCAAUAAAGAGAUAAUUGGUAUAAUUAUAUAAUUUUAAUCCAUUUGAUUUAAUCGAUUCUGUUUGGGUAAAGACAGUUUAUUUAAAUUAUUUUUUUACCUGGCGCUUACCACUUAUUGCGACAGAGACUUUCAAAGGUCCUCGUAAUCGGAAACACAACAUUUCUUAUAAUUCAUCUCGUAGCACGCGAUUGCGGGGACAAAAAUCGAAAAUAAAAUUGGCUUUCCUAUCGCGAUUCCGUUAGUUAAUUGAUUGCGACGCAUUUUUCUAAAGCGGAUCGCGCAUUUUCAAUCGCCCAUCAAUACUCAGUAAGUGUGUCUGAAUAUUAAUAAACAGCAAAAGGGAUAGUUCGUCGAACGAAAUUACGAGAUGUACGCUCGCCGAUUAGAUUCUUAAUUAACUUCAUUAAAUCCACUCCGCGCGCGCGCAAUUAAUCGUCGAUUUGACGCGCUUAAUUAAGUAUUCGUGGUAUAAGUAGUUGCGAUUCAUCGAUAAAUACCGACGCUGAUAACUCACGGAAAUCGUGCAGAUCCCCGUAGAUAGAACCGCCUUAUUCUCGGUUUGCAAAUAAAAUACACGCGGACACUAUCGGACGGAGAGAUCGACACGACGAGUCGCGAAGCGCGAGCCAGGCUCAAAUCCCGAAAAUCCAGUUACGAUCUCUAUGACCUCAACUCGCGAUUCAAGGCCAUAAUUUAACCUUUCCGGUAUUAAAUAUUUAUUUAAGAAAUCUACUUUCUGCACGUGCAUAGAUAAACGCACGGGAAGCGAUCUCUCUUAUUUUUCUCAUAAUUAUCUUGCAGAUUAUCGUCAUGAAUAUU